AUGCAACCAGUCUUGCUUCGGAGCGAGUGAGUCUACUCCAGCCUUUGACAGACGAGGAAAGUGUGUGUAGUGACAUCGGUGUCUGUCUGGUCGCUUCUCGCUGAUCGCUCUUGUUAAUUGCACGACCGACUGUUCCGUCGAGACAACCGAUUCGGCUAGAUCCGGUUUUCUUCGUAGUUGAGUCAGGACACGAUCGUGUAAACGUCCGUAUUACGUAUAUUUUCGUCAGUUGUGUAUACUGUCUUUGCCGGCAACAGCAAGGCAAGGUUUAAAGGCGGUGUCGGUUGUGUAUUCGGCACCCUUGGCCAUCGUGCAAAAUUUCACCUACUGUCUACUAAUAUAGCUGAGAGGUAUACGGGUUGCGGACUCGCGUGUACCGAUCGGAGUGCCAGUGCGACGACAAUCGGGCGUGCUAACACGGGUGUAUUAUCCACAGCUGUGUACAUAUAUUAUAUGUGUGUAUGUGCGUAACGUGCGCGUAGAGGAAAACGAAUUGGCCGCUAUCGGUGGAAAGAAAGGGAUAGAACGCGAGAAGAGGGUGGGAGAACGAAGGCGGCCGUGAAUCCACUAUACGCGGCUACGUUCACGCCGCCGCGUAUUUCACACGGCACGACACGAAACAACAGCACACCGUCGGCCCAGGCCUACUGAGGAGAGAGACGAAGCGUAUCUGAAUACCGAACGAAUUAUUACGAAUUCGUAUAGCAUUGACGCGCCUUUUGGCGCGUAUAGCCUCCUCAUUUGGUCGACUUCUUCGACCUCCCCGUUGCUACUAUGGCGGACGACGAAGUUCUCUUCGACGAAGUUUACGAGCUCUGCGAGAUUAUCGGCAAGGGACCAUUCAGCGUAGUUAGGAAAUGCAUCCACCGGCAGACAGGGCAGACGUUCGCGGUAAAAAUCGUGGACGUGGCAAAGUUCACAUCCAGUCCCGGUCUAAGCACGAACGAUUUGAAACGAGAAGCCACGAUAUGCCACAUGUUAAAACAUCCCCAUAUCGUAGAGUUAUUGGAAACAUACAGCUCGGAGGGUAUGCUCUAUAUGGUAUUCGAAUAUAUGGAUGGCUCUGAUUUAUGCUUCGAGGUCGUUCGGAGAGCAACUGCUGGAUUCGUGUACAGUGAAGCGGUAGCCAGCCAUUACAUGCGACAGAUCCUGGAGGCGUUGCGAUACUGCCACGAGAACGACAUAAUUCAUCGUGAUCUAAAGCCGCAAUGCGCUCUCCUGGCAGGCAAGGAAAAUUCCGCACCGGUGAAGCUACGCGGCUUCAGCGUCGCCGUGCAACUUCAGUCGUCCCAGGCAAACGGCGUCGAAUGUUACACGACCGAGUAUCGGCAGUGUCUGAGCCCAAAGGGGCAGCUCUACUUGAAGGCCGACAACGAGGGUCGUGUUGGAUGCCCACACUUCAUGGCACCGGAAGUGGUCCAGCGCAGACAGUACGGAAAGCCUGGUGACGUCUGGUCAGCCGGAGUACUACUUCAUGUCCUAUUAACUGGUACACUUCCAUUCGUCGGCUCUCGAGAUAGACUGCGAGAAGCAAUUUGCAGAGGACGAGUACAGAUGGGAUCGCCAUUAUGGGACAAUAUCAGCGAGUCAGCCAAGGAUCUCAUACAAAGAAUGCUCACAACGGAUGUAAAUCACAGGAUUACCAUACAGGAAGUGCUGAACCACAAAUGGCUCAGAGAUCGUGAUAAGGGCGUGGCUCGAAUACAUUUAGGCGAAACUAUAGAAGAGCUUAAGAAAUUCAAUGCUAGACGAAAAUUGAAGGAAUCUGUAAAAGUGGCGAUCUCGUCGUCGAAAUGGCACAUCCCGUAUUCGGAAAUUAACGGCGACAGUUUUUUCGACAUAGGCGAUGAUGAAGUUAUAACCACAGGUGCUGUAGCUGAAAUUUUAGACUCUCUGGAUGAUAUUGAAGUACUUCAAGAGAGUGGAAGACUGACACGUGCUGAGAUACUUAAUGCAGUUGACGAUUAUCGUCUUCGUGCCAUUUUAGAGCUUUACGAUAGAAUCUCGACCCGAGUUCCAACGCCAUGUCGAGCGCCGCAGACAGAUGCAGUUCAGCGUGCGCGAGAAGUCGAGGAACUACUUCGAGAAAUAGAGCAUUCAGCGAUACGAAAUAUCGAUAGGGCGGAUCUUCGGGAGCUCCAUGAACUUCUCGUCCAGCCGCACAUGAGGGCGCUUUUGCAAGCACAUGACGUAGCGGGACAUGAAGUUUAUGGCGAAGAAGCGACCAGAGUUACACCGCCGCCUCUUCUUCCCUAUCUAAACGGAGGCGAUGAUCUCGAGGGUCAAAAUGGUGAUUUGGACCUCGAGAAUGUAACACGCGUCAGGCUGGUCCAAUUCCAGAAGAACACCGAUGAACCGAUGGGAAUUACUUUAAAAAUGAACGAAGAUGGGAAAUGCGUGGUAGCAAGAAUUAUGCACGGUGGUAUGAUACACAGACAAGCAACUCUUCAUGUGGGUGAUGAGAUCAGAGAAAUUAAUGGAAUACCGGUGGCUAAUCAAUCUGUCAAUGCCUUGCAAAAGAUACUCCGGGAAGCACGAGGUUCGGUGACCUUCAAAAUCGUGCCGUCUUAUAGGAGCGCACCACCCCCCUGUGAGGUACAAUUGUUCAGGAUUAAGCCUCUGCCAGUGUUAAUAUUCGUUCGAGCACAAUUCGACUAUGAUCCGUUGGAAGAUGAGCUGAUACCGUGCGCACAAGCUGGAAUCGCGUUUAAAACCGGCGAUAUACUGCAGAUCAUCAGCAAGGACGAUCAUUAUUGGUGGCAGGCGCAGAAGGAUAACGCGGCCGGUUCCGCGGGAUUGAUCCCUUCGCCUGAACUUCAGGAACGACGUAUCGCUUACAUGGCAAUGGAAAAGAACAAGCAAGAACAAGAUGCUGAAGGAGAAGGAGGAUGUUCUUCUCACACCGAAGGCUGCGACGGUUCGACAGUGAAUUGCUCAAUAUUUGGCCGGAAAAAGAAGCAGUACAAGGAUAAGUAUCUCGCGAAACACAACGCAGUCUUUGACCAGCUGGAUCUGGUCACCUACGAAGAGGUCGUUAAGCUUCCUUAUCCUGCAUUCCAACGGAAAACGUUAGUGUUACUGGGAGCACAUGGUGUCGGUCGUCGUCAGAUAAAAAAUACCAUUAUCGCGAAGCAUCCUGACAAAUAUGCCUAUCCUAUUCCACAUACAACGAGGCCUCCACGGAACGACGAAGAGAACGGUCGCAAUUAUUAUUUCAUAUCGCAUGAUGAAAUGAUGGCUGACAUCGCUGCCAAUGAAUACCUCGAAUAUGGUACGCACGAAAACGCUAUGUAUGGAACGAAACUCGAAACAAUCCGCAAAAUACACGAAGAAGGCAAGGUGGCGAUAUUGGACGUCGAGCCUCAAGCCUUGAAAGUGUUGCGUACGGCGGAGUUCGCGCCUUAUGUAGUUUUCAUCGCAGCUCCGGUAUUCCCAAAUAUGCCUGAUUGCGACGGAAGUUUGGAAAGACUGGCGAAAGAAUCGGAUUCACUGAAGCAAGCGUACGGUCACUUUUUUGACCUGACCAUCGUCAACAACGAGAUCGAUGAGACGAUCGCACAAUUAGAGGCAGCCAUCGAGCGGGUUCAUACGACACCGCAAUGGGUACCUGUGUCCUGGGUCUACUGACAGCGAACCUCGCCAAUUCGUCAGAUCACUAACUGUAAUGGCUCAUCGAAUGUGAAACAGUGAUCAUCGAAUCGCGAUCCACCGAACGACCGGUCCGUCUGCGAUCGUUUUACUACGGCCAACGACAAAUAUUCUCAACGUUGUACGCCUGUAAGAAUUCGCGGUGUUCGUGGGGAAUUAUCACGAUGAUAAAUCGUAAAUAGCCGAUACGUAAAGCAAGACAAGCCGCGUAUAAAUACGUCGGACCAAUCGAACGAACGAAUUUACCGUCAAUUCUUCGAUCGAUCCACAGCACGAUAUCGACUGGAAUGCGUGACUUUGGCCGUGUGUUCAUUGACUUUUUUCAUUACUAAUUGAAUUAUUCUAUAAUUAUUAUUGAAUCGUCGUUAUCGUUGUAAUCCGCGGGUAGAGGCGAAGAGACGAAACUGUUGAUGUUAUCGCGAGGCGCAGAAUACGACAAUCAAAAAAGCAGAGAGAACAUACGUUUCGAUUUUUCGAUAUAUAAGUUCCAUAGGACUGUAAUUAUUACUUCCUCGAUAAAUAUAAGCAAUACGAUUUUCCACGUAUCCUUCGAUA